UUAUUCAUUCUCUGGAUCUAGAGUCAUUUCCAGAACAUUUGGAGAGGCUCACAGAAGAAUAUAAGAACCUGGCCAAAGUGAGCAAAAGCAGAUCUUCCAAAGGCGCUCACAAACACCGCAAAAGCCAUGGCCGGGUCUAGACCAUAAGAUCACGGGGCCAGGAGGACCAGGAAGGAGAUGAAAUUUUCUCAGGCGACAGGGAAGAAGCCCCUCAGAGAAAGAAGCAGAAGCAGAAGCAGCAGAAGCAAAAGCAGCACAAUUAGAGCAAUCAGCAGAAUCAGAAAAAGCAAUAGGAAACCAUGAAUAAUGUCAGAGAGAUUGAGCGGAUAAACGAGAUAGAGUUGAAGAAUGGAGUGUCAUAUGAAGCCUCAUGGCACUAUGAAUAUCGAGACAGCAACUACAUUUUCAUUGGGUCAUUGCCCUUUGAGUUGACUGAAGGAGACAUUUUGGCGGUUUUCUCACAAUAUGGAGUACCGAUCUACAUCAAACUAAUUCGGGACUCUCAAACUGGCAAAUCUAAGGGCAUUUGCUACUUGGAGUACGAGGAGUUCAACAGCUGCAUUUUGGCGGUGGACAACUUCAACGGAAUCAGGGUGUUAGGACAGGUCAUUCGUGUGGAUCACUGUCGCUAUGAAAAGAAAAAGCGCUACAAUAGGGCUGGUGAGGAGAUUCUAGAUCCCAACGAGAAGAUCAUGCUCCAAGAGUUGCAAAGGAACUUCCUGGAGUAGAAGAAGCAUAUAGACGCAACACCGCAGCAGCACUGCAGCAGCACCGCAAUGCCUGUACAGCGCCUAUGCGCUACUGCAGCGAAGCAGCGGCCAAGCAAUAUAGCCCUGUCUGCUAAAAAUAGCCCGCGUGUUCGAGAAGAGCAGCGACCUCCGACGCGUCCCGAGCGCGAGCAGCACACGCAGCACACGCAGCAGAAGCAGCACCGACACCGCCGCCAAGGGUGUGGCU